AUGAAUAAAUUUUAUAUUCAAACCGCUUUAUUUAUUUUAAGCAUUUUUGCAUAUGGAAAUAAUGAAACCAUUGCAUCUGAUCCUGCUCCAAAAAAAGUUCCCCAAAAUGUUCCCCAAAAAGUUCCCCCAAGAGUUCCCCAAAAAGUUCCCCAAAAAGUUCCCCAAAAAGUUCCCCAAAAAGUUCCCCAAAAAGUUCCCCAAAAUGUUCCCCAAAAAGUUCCCCCAAGAGUUCCCCAAAAAGUUCCCCGAAAAGUUCCCAAUAAAUCUACAACACCCAAAUCAAACCGUCAUUAUUUUACUUCAGAAGAAAUAUAUGAAAAAAACAAGCACCUAUUAUGUACCAACCCAGAAGAAACUAAAGAAGCGGAAGAAGUUAUGAACGAAGCUGUAAAACAUUUAGAAUCUCAUGCUUCACGCAUGAAUGGUUAUAAAACAUAUACAAAUUACAAUAAUCCUGAUGUGAAUUUAUAUAAAAAAAAACUUAAAAACUAUACAAAUAUUGAAAGAAUUAAUUAUAUACUUUAUGAUCCCGAUAAGUAUAAUGAUACAAUAAACGAGAUAUGGGAUCCCAAUCAUCCCAGUCCUUUCAAUAAUGGCGAUGUUAAAAUUGCUCGUGUGUACAACCCAAAUUUAGUAAUAAUACAACAACGUUACAAAAAAAAAUGUGGAUCCCCUCAGAAAUACUUUUAUGCUUUAGCUACAAAGGUUCAAAUAUCAGAAAUUACAACUAUAAUUGCCUAUGUAUCAGCAGAUAUAAAUGAUCACAACCCUUCCAAAAAAAAAUACGAAAACACAAUCGUAAAAAAAGCAAAUUCAUUCAAAACUGACAUUAAUUCUGAAAAAGAUAUUAGAAAAGGAAAAUUAAAAAAAACGUUUGUUAACCUAGCUGGAUAUUACAUUCAAGAUUACAAAGGCAUGGCUAAUGUCACCUAUAUCGGAUCUAUUGAUGGACACUCUUUGAUUAAACCCAAUUGCUUUUGUGGAUCAUGUUAUAAGUGCUAUCAUAUUCGUAUAUAA